UCGGAAGCCGCUCGUCGCAUUUGACAUGCGCACUACACGUCAAUGAAAAUAAAGCUGCGGAUUCAACCUGACAACAUUAAUAAUGACCGUGUUUCGUGCGUGAUGGAAUGAUGGAAAUAUAAGACCAAAUUCCAGGUGUGGUACCAAACACUCUUCUACAUUGCAUGGACCCAAAACUGAUGCGCAGGGCCACCAGCGCACGCCAAGACGCCACUGGAAUGGACAUCACCAGCCGCUGCACUCUGGGGGACCCGAACAAGCUCCCCGAAGGAGUACCCCAGCCGGCGCGCAUGCCGUACAUCUCGGACAAGCACCCGCGGCAGACCCUGGAAGUGAUCAACCUGCUGAGGAAGCACCGGGAGCUAUGUGAUGUGGUGCUGGUGGUGGGGGCCAAGAAAAUCUACGCCCAUCGCGUCAUCCUUUCCGCCUGCAGCCCGUACUUCAGGGCGAUGUUUACUGGGGAGCUUGCAGAAAGCCGGCAGACAGAAGUGGUUAUUCGGGACAUCGAUGAAAGAGCAAUGGAACUGUUGAUUGACUUUGCCUACACUUCACAGGUGACUGUCGAGGAGGGCAACGUUCAGACUCUGCUGCCCGCAGCCUGUUUGCUCCAGCUCGCUGAGAUCCAAGAGGCAUGCUGCGAGUUCCUCAAGAGGCAGCUGGAUCCUUCCAACUGUCUGGGCAUCAGGGCCUUUGCUGAUACGCACUCCUGUCGUGAGCUGCUGCGCAUCGCGGACAAGUUCACCCAACACAACUUUCAGGAGGUCAUGGAAAGUGAAGAAUUCAUGUUGUUGCCAGCCAACCAGUUGAUCGACAUCAUUUCUAGCGAUGAACUCAAUGUGAGGAGUGAGGAGCAGGUUUUUAAUGCCGUCAUGGCCUGGGUGAAAUACAGCAUCCAGGAACGCAGACCACAACUACCCCAGGUUCUCCAACAUGUCAGACUACCACUACUCAGCCCCAAGUUUCUGGUGGGCACUGUGGGGUCAGACCCUUUGAUCAAGAGUGACGAGGAGUGCAGAGACCUGGUUGAUGAGGCCAAAAACUACCUGCUGCUGCCACAGGAAAGACCACUGAUGCAGGGCCCUAGAACCCGGCCAAGGAAACCCAUUCGGUGUGGAGAAGUUCUGUUUGCAGUUGGUGGUUGGUGCAGUGGCGAUGCCAUAUCCAGUGUGGAACGCUACGAUCCUCAGACCAAUGAGUGGCGGAUGGUCGCAUCGAUGAGUAAACGGCGUUGCGGAGUUGGUGUCAGUGUCCUGGAUGACUUGCUCUAUGCCGUGGGAGGGCAUGACGGCUCGUCCUACCUCAACUCCGUAGAAAGAUAUGACCCCAAAACGAACCAGUGGAGCAGUGAUGUGGCCCCAACUAGCACUUGCCGUACCAGCGUUGGCGUGGCUGUUCUUGGUGGUUAUUUGUAUGCAGUGGGAGGACAAGAUGGGGUUUCCUGUCUAAACAUCGUUGAAAGAUAUGAUCCUAAGGAGAACAAGUGGACCCGGGUGGCCUCCAUGAGCACCAGACGACUGGGUGUGGCUGUAGCUGUGCUCGGAGGGUUCUUGUACGCAGUGGGAGGGUCUGACGGAACGUCACCGUUAAAUACAGUGGAGCGUUACAAUCCUCAAGAGAACCGCUGGCACACAGUGUCGCCCAUGGGAACCAGGCGGAAACACCUUGGCUGUGCCGUCUACCAGGACAUGAUCUACUCCGUCGGAGGCCGGGACGACACCACGGAGCUCAGCAGUGCCGAGCGUUACAAUCCCAGGACCAAUCAGUGGUCUCCUGUAGUAGCUAUGACAUCCAGACGCAGUGGGGUGGGUUUGGCUGUGGUUAAUGGUCAGCUGAUGGCAGUGGGAGGCUUUGAUGGGACGACGUAUUUGAAAACUAUAGAAGUUUAUGACCCUGAUGCCAACACUUGGAGGUUAUAUGGAGGAAUGAACUAUCGACGAUUAGGAGGCGGAGUCGGCGUCAUCAAAAUGACUCACUGUGAAUCCCACAUAUGGUAAAACUGCUGCCCGCAGAGACGUUGAUGCACGCGUGGCAGUGGUGCCUCCAUUAAGGACUGUUACUUGUGUGCGGGUGAGUGGAAUGUUUUGGAAGGAGAGAGAACUGUUUGUCUUCGAACAUUGACGUCACGAAGCCUCCAUAUUGGAGAAGCUGCUCUGCUUUAGGUCUCCCCCAGGUGACUUCACCGUUAAACGCUCUACGUCAAAGUGGGAUGCACCCUUAGGUGUGUGUGACCGAGGUUCAUGGGGGGCCACGUCUUUGAGCCUUAAAUAACCACAGUCAAGUCUUUCCGGUCCAGAUGGCCGCACAAGUGAGAAAAUAAAAACAAUCUAGCAAACCUCCAUCGAUCUGUUCGCCUGUGGCGUUGGUUAUUUCCUGGGGGAGAGAACAUUGACAUUGGGGGUUCCUGGGGGAACUGGCCCCAGAGUUCAGUUGGAAGAGACUAACAUGUUUGUAACAUAUUCGUAAACCCCCUAGAGUGCCGUCAUAUAGAUGAUCUUUGACUUGCAGUUUUUCAGUCUGUUCUUCAAAAGUGGCUUUUUUUGAGUGAAUUUUGUAACCCUGGAAAAUAUGACAAAAAUCAAAUGUCAAUGAUGUACUUACUAAAUAAUAAUGGGCCCGAGAUUGAACCUUUUGGUACACCAAGGUUAUUGUCACUUUUUAAGGGGAGUUUGCAUUUUGUACUAAGUUGUAUAAUUGUGUAAUUCGUAAACAAAAUAGAAUACAAUGAUUUGCAAAUCCUUUUCAACUUUCAUUCAAUUGAAUAGACUGCAAAGACAAGAUGUUUAAUGUUCGAACUGAGAAACGUAACUUUUUUUUUGCAAAUAACCAUUAACUUAGAAUUUAAUGGCAGCAACACAUUGCAAAAAAUUGUUGGCACUGGGGCAUUUUUACUAGGGGUGUGGGAAAAAAUUUUAUUCAAAUUCGAAUCGCGAUUCUCACGUUGUGCGAUUCAGAAUAGAUUCUCUUUUUAAAAAAUCGAUUUUUGAUUUAUUUAUUUUUUUUCCAUUUUUUAUUUUUAUUUUUUCAUUUUUUUAAAUUAAUAAAUCCAACAAAACAAUACACAGCAAUACCAUAACAAUGCAAUCCAAUUCAAAAACCAAACCCGACCCAGCAACACUCAGAACUGCAAUAAACAGAGCAAACACAAACACGACACAGAACAAACCAAAAGUAGUGAAACAAAAAUGAACAUUAUCAACAACAGUAUCAAUAUUAGUUACAAUUUCAACAUAGCAGUGAUUAAAAAUCCCUCAUUGACAUUAUCAUUAGACAUUUAUAAAA